AUGGACAAGGUUCAGGCGGCACCGGACGAGCACCGGAAGGAGGUGGUGGACCCCUACAUCGAGUCGACUGGGUACUGGCAGGACGCCAGCGUGGACCUUAGUGAUGACGCGGCCUGGAAGACGACGGCCAUGGGGUGGGGGGUGCACCCUGAGGGCAUCAGGCGCGUACUCAACUACAUCCAGGCGGAGUACAACCCCCGGGGCGGCAUCAUCGUCACCGAGAACGGCGUGGCAGUCGAGGAGGCGGGGGUGGCGGAGGCUCUGAAGGACAUUGAGCGCGCGGUGUACCUCAAGCGCUACCUCACGGAGGUGCACAAGGCGGUGGUUAAGGACGAUGUCAACGUGAGGGGUUACUUUGUCAACUCACUCCUGGACAGCUUCGAGUGGGGCCACGGCUUCACUAAGAAGUUCGGACUUCACUACGUGAACUUCGAGACGCUCGAGCGCGUCCCCAAGAUGAGCGCCAACUGGCUCGGCGAGGUCAUCAGGCGCAACCGCCUCGAGUGA